GUCGACAAUAGCAAUAUUCAAUUGGAUCAUAUUACUGAUGAAUUAUGCUUUGAAUCCAUCAUCAAAUCAUGCGUCAACUGCCUCAUUCCUAGUAUCCGUUUAGAAGAUAGGAAACUUGCUAGGAACCAUGAAACCAUUGCUCUUGGCACCAUGCAGCAUGGAACCAUGAUCUU